GAAAGAUCUAGGGUCAAAUGUUCAAUCCUGAAUGACUGUUCUCUAAGCUAAUCAUAAUGUUAUCCCCUUCAAUAGACCAGACGCUAAGCCUCAAGCUCAAUAUGUCCCUCCAGGGACCAAGAUAGUGGACCGCUCGUCCAUAUUCCAGGAUUCAGAUUCUGUAGAGCCUGAGCUGGAGACAAGCCACUUGUUAAACGAUAUGAUCCAAAUAUGUAUAAAGGAACCAGAGAAUAGCACGCAAGAUAUAUCAGAGGCCACAGAAGCGCCCGAGGAGGAAGCCUUUGAAUUCAAGUUAUUUUCAAACCGGCCCGUCGCCAAAGUUAGCAUAGUCGACAAAGAGCCUACAUUAAUUGUCACAACCCGUAGGCCAUCCGUGACUCAAGAGAUUACUCCUGAAUUCCAACAGCGAGUCAACGAAGCUUCUAUCUCGUACGAUGAAAUUAUGGAGCAGUCUAGAAUACCAUGGCCGGCCAUGAAAAUGGCUCAUCAUGUCAUGUCUAUACCUUCAAAUGACCUUAACGACAACAAGAAGAAGCGUAGGCUUACAAAGCGCCAAAGAGACAGAAUAAAAGCUUUAAAUAAUGGGAAAUCUAUGCGAAAUCCCCAUGUUCCCGGCGGCUGGCCUGGAUGGCCCGGAGAACGUACAUCUCAAGCCAUUGUCACCAGUCUUUAUGGACAUCUCAAGCGUUAUUUAGGGCAGCCCAAAAAAUCAGGAAAUAGACCACCAAAAGCCGUUCGGGACAAGCUUGCUGGAAGGGUUCAGGCACCAAAGACUCAGAACACCCCGCCGUUGGAUCAAUAAUAUUACAAGGACCCAAUUGUAUAUAAAAUUUCUGCUACAUUGUUCAUUUGUCUAUAUGUACAUGAGUAAACAUCAACUGUUACACCUUUUCGCUCGUCUAUGUCUGCUACAGUCGCCAAGCGCUUUGAUAUCUCAAUCAGUUGGCGAAGAAGAGAAGGAUGCCGUGAUAUUACGAGUAAUAGAGCUCAGUUCGCUUGCUUGUCGGUACAUGUUGGCGCCAUACCAGAACAUCACCCAAUUAGAAUUCGGUAGCCUCAAAAAUCCGUCUGAGCGCUCGAAAUACCUGAACGUAGGAAGAGCUGUUUAAGCAAAAG